AUGGUCUCACUAAAGCGCAAUAACGCCACAGAGGAUACAGCCAGAGCUCGUCAGCGUAUCAAGCCAACAGCCGUCACCAUGACUCCUCUCCGGGUCUCCAAUGUCAAGAGUGGCGAGACUGUCCACCAGCAAUGCCUGCUUAUCAAAGGCGAAUGCCCGACUUUCGACAAUUCCGACGACGACUAUAUCUCAGUCAAGACGUCCGACAGCAUGAAGGUUGCUGAGUCCUCGAACAACUGGCCAGUCUAUCGAGGCGCGUGGAAGGCGCUUGUGCUGCUCGCUCCUGGCAACAACACCAUCACCCUCUCUCUACACCAUGCAGGCGGUGCACAGUCGACAUCUUCACUGCUGCUGGUCUAUCAGCCUCUCCUCCAGAUCCCGCCACUCCAUCUUGCCAUCAUGGUGGCCAAGGACUCGCCGCUGGUCAUCGACUGCCCACCAUCCAAGUAUGGAGCCAUCUCCUCCGCGCACAACAGCCUCGAGUCUGUGAUUGCGAAGUUUCGUAUGACGGCCUACAUGUGGCAGGCUCUCACCGCUGAGGACAUGCAGCAGAAAGAACUCGGUCGUCGCACGUUUAGGUUCGAGGAAGAAUGGACGGCAGACACGACCUCAUUCCAGACCUUCAGAGCCAAUGCAGAAGGCGCCACCAUCAUGAAGUCACUGCCAAAGCUCCACAUUGUCCGAACUGAGAAGACAGUAGCCGAGCUUCGCGAUGCCAACGUCGCCCAGCAGAACCCUCAUGCAAGGAGACCGAACGAACUGCAUGAGAUCUUCACCAGAGCUCUCAAAGCAUACGGCGGUCCAUUCGAGUCUGGCUGCAGACCUGUAGUUGCAGGCCUCAUCCUCGACUCAUGCUACUCUCUCGAUCGGAACAUGAUACUGGGCCACGCUGCACUUGGCUGUCACCAGCGUAACGCCCUGUCUCUUGGGAUGUUCGGCAGUCAUCUCACUUACUCGUGGCCACGUUCUAUGGAAGAAGUAUCGUCUUGCCUCCUCGAUGCUACACCUCCAGGAGAGACCGUCGGGAACGACAAUGGCGAGUGCGUUUCGAUGGCUCGAGCUUGUUUCAUAGGCCAAGGAGCUUUCCUGCAUGAGGUGGGACAUGCAUUCGGCGCAGAUCACACCGAAGGCAUCAUGAAGCGUGGCUACAGCAAGGGCUGGGGGACGCAAUUUCUGGAUCAUGAGUCUCUCGCCAUAUCAAGCAAGGACCACAUGCAAGAUGAUGAAGCCAAGUGGGCCCUUCAAGACGUCCUGCGGUUCAAGACUCUGCCUCAUUUCCGCAUCCCAGGCGAUGAGCCAAUCACCAAGGACUUCGUCAACGCAGAGAUUCAGGUCAAGGUGGACAUCGACGGCGAAGGCGAGGAAUGGCUUUGCAUCACAAGCAAAGCCGGACUUGUAGAUGUCAAAAUCCAGAAUGGGUCACAUAACAUCAGCAGCAACUACUCAUCGCCUGGAUACAAGUACACAGUCUGCGACUUCCGCACCCGCGAGCUUUCCGACUUCGAGCGUAGCACUCCACUCGAAGUUUCCGUCCUAGCACAGAACGGCAAGGAGAGGAUCAUCAAGAAUGCCUGGAGCUUCUUCAAAGACAGGACCUUCAUCCGCAUCCCAGGCAGCGAUGUCCGGCUACAAAAGACUUCAGUCAAAUCUUCCAGACUUGAGGAAGACGAUGAUGAAGACAACUACAUCCCAUGGACCGCCCUCCUCAACAAAGCCAACCCCAACGGCAACCACAUCCGUGCAUCCGCCAUCGACCUCCGCGUCGGCUGCACCUUCGACGGGGCAGUGGUCUACUACGUCGACGGCACCUACGCGCACUGUGGACCAACCCGCGAGCACGGUCAAGAGCACCACUUUGGCGGCCACGCAUCCGAGCAACACGAUCUUCCGGCCAACGCCAAGAUCGUCAAAGUCGAAGUGAACAAGUCCGGCGGCUGGAGUCAGGGCAGUCUCGACGGAAUUCGCAUCACGUUGGACGAUGGUGUUCAGUGGGGAGAGAUCAACUCUCAGUACAGCGAUGUGAAUGAUAUUCAUGUGUUUGAGCCGGAUGAUGGCGAGGUGGUUGUUGGGUUCUUUGGGAAGCAUGAGAAGAAUGGUUUCACGGAGGAGUUUGGUAUCAUUACGGCACCCAAGGAUUUCGUGAUCCCGACGGCGGCGUAUGAGUUGCCGGAGUUGAAGAACAAUCUUGUGCAGACGGCUCGACCGAGACCUGCAGCAGAUGAAGACGAUAUGAGCGAGGACAUUGAGAACACUGAUGGAGAGGACGACGAUGAGAUGAACUCCCAGGAUACGAUGUGA